UUCUUUUUUGCUUGUUUAUUUUGGGUCUUUCUUUUUUCUUCUCUCUCAACUGGAAUUGCAGAUAGUACUAGUCUAGAGAGAGAGAGAAAACAUCACAAAAGAUGUUGCAUUUCCAAAAUCUUUGUUUUCUUGAUGAUAAUGAAUAGAUAGAUAUAGAUAUAUAGACUAUAAUAAUAAUCUUAUAUCUAUUUUGUCACAAAAAAAAAAAAAAGAUGAUGAUGAACAACAAUACUACAUUUGCUUUUCUUGAAGAUGGUCUUUUUUGUGAUGAACAAGAACAAGAUUUAGAUUUGGAUUUUGAUGAUGAAAAGAUUGAUACAAACCAUCAAAUCUUGGCAAAUAGUACUACUUUCCUUGAAAAUGAUUUAGUAUGGGAAGAAGAUGAGCUAAUUACCCUUUUGUCAAAACAAGAAAAUGUUGGUCUUUUUUUAGGAAAAUGGGGUUUGAUUAGUGAUUUAAGUGUUUCAAGAAAAGAAAGUGUUGAUUGGAUGAUUAGGGUUAGUAAUCAUUUUGGUUUUGUUCCAAUGACAACUAUCUUAAGUGUUAAUUACUUUGAUAGGUUUUUAUUAACCCCACAUUUCCAAAAUGAAAAUAAGCCAUGGAUGAAUCAGCUUGUUGCUGUUGCUUGUCUUUCUUUAGCUUCUAAAGUUGAAGAAAUCCAACCUCCUCUUCUUAUGGACUUACAAGUGGAAGGAUCGAAAUUUGUGUUUGAAUCAAAGACUAUAAUGAAAAUGGAACUAUUGGUGCUCUCUUCUCUUGAAUGGAAGAUGAAUCCGGUAACAAUGGUUUCAUUUUUCGAUUACAUAUCGAGGAGGCUUGGUUUAAUCACUCAUUAUCAACAUUCGGAGAUUGUUAGGAGGUGUGAAAGGAUCUUUCUUGUUGUUAUUAAUGAUUCAAGGUUUUUGGCUUAUCUUCCGUCUGUGAUGGCUGUUGCUACAAUGCUCCUUGUGAUCAAGGAGGUUGAUCCCGAGAAUGCAUACGAUUACCAAAAUCAACUCAAGGGUUUUCUUCAAAUAAAUGAGGAAAAAGUAGACGACUGCACAAAGUUCAUCCUGGAAGUAUCUGACAAUCAUGGAACUAGCUACUUCAUUGCUCAGAAGCGAAAGUACGAUCGUGCUCCUGGAAGCCCAAACGGCGUAAUUGAUUCUUAUUUCAGCAGUGAUAACUCUAGUGAUUCAUGGGCAGUUGCAUCAUCGGUUUCAUCUUCACCAGAACGACCAGUGUUGAAGAAGAUCCGGGCUCAGGAGCAGCAGAUGAGACUAGGUCCAAUGAGUCAUGUGUCAGUCAUCACCCUUAACAACUCAUCCUGAACUUGCGUCAGUGGGUAAUAGUUUUGCUUAUUUAUUUGCCGACAACAUAUGGUUAAGGUGCGCAACUAAUCAAUAAGUAUUUCUGGCUAGAACCAUGUAUUUUGUUUAAUGAUAGGAGCUUAUUUUUGCUAUGGUGACAUUAAUUUUGCUAGAUAUGACUUCUGUUGAAGUAAGAACUCUUAGUUCAUAGGUCGUAUUUUAAGCAUUAGAAUUUUCAAGAUUCUUGGACGGAUGUUUCCUAAUCUUUUUAACUAUCAUGCAAGGCAAAGUCAGGUUCUGUAACUUGGUAUGUACUGGUUACAACAGAAAAAGAAAAGAAGCUAUAUGUUAUCAUUGCAA